AUGGCCCGCUCAAUGCCCAUGCCAUCCUCCAAAGAGCAGAGACAUGGGCGUGAGCGCGAGCAGAGCGGCGAGCAUGACCGCCAGCACAACCACAAGCACGCCUGCUGGCCCCGAUGGUCCCUCAGUCACCAAGCUGACGAUUACGAGCUGCGCCAAUUCGUCAAAGAGCUGGAGAACAGCUUUGGGUGCAACCGACCUGCAGGCGACGCGAGAGGCACCAUGCCUCCCUGCAAGCCCGAGAGAGCCUACACGAAGAGCUCCGUCUCCACGUCAGGCUCGACGACGCACCUGCUCAAGCUUGACGCAGAGACCGCCGUCGCGGAAGCUGUCGAAGACGAGCCAGACGAUCGUACGGACUGGAAGCCGGAGCGCAAGCAGUGGCUUGCCAUGAUCAGCCUAAGCCUCAUAUCCUUUGUGGUCUCGCUCGAUGCCACCAUCCUGGUGACGGCGUUGCCGGAGAUAUCCCACUCGCUUCGUGGGUCAGCCGCUGAGACGUUCUGGACGGGCACCACCUACCUCCUCAUCUCGGCCGUCUUCCAGCCCGUGAUCGCAGCAGCUUCCGCCUGCUGCGGGCGCCAGCGGCUGCUUAUCAUGUCCAUCGUCCUCUUCACCUUCGGCACCGCGUUCUGCGCGGUGGCGCAUGACUUUGCCGUUAUGCUCAUCGGGCGCUGCGUGCAGGGCGUCGGAGGCGGGGGCGUCAUCGCCAUGACCCAAGUCAUCUUCUGCGACAUGGUUCCCUUGAGACAGCGGCCCCAGUACUUCUCCAUGGUGCUCGCCUCGUGGUCCAUUGGCAGCAUCAUCGGGCCAGUGCUCGGGGGUGCUUUCGUGGAGAGCGCCUCCUGGCGCUGGUGCUUCUACAUCAAUUUCCCCUUCUGCUUCCUAGGGUUCUCUGCUGCGCUGCUCUUUGUCGACGACGUCGACGUGCCGCUCGCCGAUCACCCGCGGCGCAUGGACUGGCUCGGCGCAUUCUUGUUUGUCGGCAGCACCACCAGCCUCCUGCUUGGCAUCUCCUGGGGCGCAACCGUCGCGCCCGUCGUGGCUGGCGUGCUUGGUAUCGCCGGCUUCGUCGCAUGGCAGUGGCGUGCACAGCCGCACAGCUUGCUGCCUGUGUCGCUGCUGCAGAGUGCCAGCUCGGCUGCAGCUUUCUUCUGCGCUCUUGUCAACGGCCUCGUCCUCUUCACAGGCCUCUACUAUGUGCCCUUCUACCAGAUGUCGGUGCGCGGCUCGUCGCCAGUCCGUGCCGGCAUCGAUCUCUUCCCCGCCGUCUGUCUUCUGGUUCCCGGCUCGGUCGUGGUAGCCAUCCUCACUUCGCGCCUCGGGCACUUUCGGUGGGCCAUCUGGCUGGGCUGGAGCGUCACGCUCGUCGCCUGCGGCAUGUUCACUGUCUUUGAUGAGCGCACCGAGAAGGCGAUCUUCGCGCUCGCCCUUGCGGUGUUCGGCGUGGGGAAUGGUAUGGUGCUGACGAGCGUCAACGUCGCAACCCAGGCUAUCGCCAACCAGACCGUUGCCAAGAAGGAGGACCGUGCGAUGGCUGCCUGCAUGUACGGCUUCAUGCGCAGCCUGGGCAUGCCCGUCGGUGUUGCUUUGUCGGGGACCGUCUUCCAGAAUGCGAUGGGCUCCGCGCUGUCUGACGCCGGCCUUCCUACGGACAUCGCCCGGGACUCCGAGCGCUACAUCUUCAUCCUGCACAGCAUGGCCGAUGUUGACCCCAGGAAGAGUGCGCUGCUAGGCUCGUACUCCCGCGGCUUCCACGCUGUCUUCGUGGCCAUGGCAGUCCUAUCAGCGGCUGCACUGUUAGCCAGCUUGUCGAUCCGAAGAUGCAGCAUGGACACUGUGCGCUUGGCGGGACCGCAGCGGAACCGUGUGGACAGUGAGUGGGACUCUGCAGCACAACCACCACGCAAUCCCACCAUCGCAGCAGCUCUACAGAAAGACCCGCACAACACCAACAGGGAUACACAUCAAGCGGCGGAUCCAUGCGCCGAAAGGGCCAACCUUGAGAUUAUCGCCAUCCUGCUGUCGCCAACAACACCGCGCCAAUCUUCUCCUUGCCACACCCCGUGUCUUUUCCGCUCACAGACAGCACCGCGGUCCAUUGGCAGCUACGCGGGCCUCGUAGAAAGCCAAGAGUCCCGGCCAGUACAUCAAGGCUCCGAAAACCACGGCGACGUGCAUGAGGUGGUGGCUGAUAUCUGGCAAGCCGAAGUCCAUACCGAUCGCUUUGUCGAGAACCAGCGCAGCCAGGGCAUGGCCGCGACCACUCCCAAAGCCACAUGCGCGCUGAGCCGGUCCUUCCGACAUGUCGAUGCGCAGCCAGAAGCAAGCGUGAACGUGAUCGGCGAAGACGUGGUACAGGGUCGAGCUGGCGAAGCACAGAGCCGUAGCCGCGAGGUAGAGCGAAACACCUACUGCAUCGCGGGUGAGCGGACCCUGGUGAACAAGGGCGAAGCGCACGAUGCUGGCACCGAACCAGAGCGCGCCGAGUAG